GCUUUUUUUCUGUAGCGCUCGCGCGAAACCAACCGAGACGUCGAGACGAGAGAAGAAACCCAAAUUGUGGUUUCCCAACUCUGCAAAUCGAUUCCACCCCCUCCCCGGGAUUUGAUCUCGGUUUCUUUCUCGCGGAAGAUUUUUUGUUUAUCUGUUCUUGUUUGGAAUCCUUUUUGUUUUUCUGUGAUUUUUGCUGGAGUUUUUCUCGGCCUGGAAAGGUUUGGAUUUUGCUCAUAUCGAAUUCCAGAUUUGCAAUCAAAUCCUCACUUUCUCGAGAGGAGCGUGAGUUCUUUUUCUUCUUUCUCCUAGUCGAAUUGGCCAUUCCCCACGAUCAAGAAGGGGAGCUCGGGGUGGUGGAUUGAUUAUUGAAGCUCGCAUCUUGCCGCGGAAUUCUCCUCUCUGUCUCUCUCUGCGGUGGCCGGAGUAGUCACCGGCGGCGGCGGCGGGAUGGGGGUCGACGUGGCGGCGCACCUGGUGCGGCUGGGACUGCUGAACACGACCUCCGACUACGCGUCGGUGUCCUCCAUCAACCUGUUCGUGGCGCUGCUCUGCACCUGCAUCGUCCUCGGCCACCUCCUCGAGGAGAACCGCUGGGUGAACGAGUCCAUCACCGCGCUCAUCAUCGGCCUGUGCACCGGGGUGGUGAUCUUGCUGACGACCAAGGGGAAGAGCUCCCACAUAUUCGUGUUCAGCGAGGAUCUCUUCUUCAUCUACCUCCUCCCUCCGAUCAUCUUCAACGCCGGUUUCCAGGUAAAGAAAAAGCAGUUCUUCCGGAAUUUCAUGACGAUCACAUUGUUUGGAGCCGUUGGGACAAUGAUAUCCUUUUUCACGAUAGCUAUUGCUGCCAUUGCAAUAUUCAGCAGAAUGAACAUUGGAACGCUGGAUGUAGGAGAUUUUCUUGCAAUUGGAGCCAUCUUUUCUGCAACAGAUUCUGUCUGCACGUUGCAGGUCCUCAAUCAGGAUGAGACGCCCUUUUUGUACAGUCUGGUGUUUGGUGAAGGUGUUGUGAACGAUGCCACAUCAAUUGUGCUUUUCAACGCACUACAGAACUUAGAUCUUGUUCACAUAGAUGCGGCUGUCGUUCUGAAAUUCUUGGGGAACUUCUUUUAUUUGUUUUUGUCAAGCACCUUCCUUGGAGUAUUUGCUGGAUUACUCAGUGCAUACAUAAUCAAGAAGUUGUACAUUGGAAGGCAUUCUACUGACCGUGAGGUUGCACUUAUGAUGCUUAUGGCCUACCUCUCAUAUAUGCUGGCUGAGUUGCUAGAUUUGAGUGGCAUUCUCACUGUAUUCUUCUGUGGUAUAGUGAUGUCACAUUACACUUGGCAUAAUGUCACAGAGAGUUCAAGAGUUACAACCAAGCACGCGUUUGCAACUCUGUCCUUCAUUGCUGAGACUUUUCUUUUCCUGUAUGUUGGAAUGGAUGCAUUGGAUAUUGAAAAAUGGGAGUUUGCCAGUGACAGCCCUGGGAAAUCUGUUGGGAUAAGCUCAAUUUUGCUAGGAUUAGUUCUGCUUGGAAGGGCUGCUUUUGUUUUCCCGCUUUCUUUCUUGUCGAACUUAACAAAGAAGGCACCAAAUGAAAAAAUAACCUGGAGACAGCAAAUUGUAAUUUGGUGGGCUGGGCUGAUGAGGGGAGCUGUAUCGAUUGCUCUUGCUUACAACAAGUUUACAAGAUCUGGCCACACUCAGCUGCACGGCAAUGCAAUAAUGAUCACAAGCACCAUCACUGUCGUCCUGUUUAGCACUAUGGUGUUUGGAAUGAUGACAAAGCCUUUGAUACGGCUGCUGCUGCCGGCCUCAAGCCACGCCGUCUCUGAGCCCUCAUCACCAAAGUCCUUGCAUUCUCCUCUCCUCACAAGCAUGCAAGGUUCUGAUCUCGAGAAUUCAGCUCACAUUGUGAGGCCUUCCAGCCUCCGGAUGCUCCUCAGCAAGCCUACCCACACUGUCCACUACUACUGGCGCAAGUUCGACGACGCGCUGAUGCGACCGAUGUUCGGUGGCCGCGGGUUCGUGCCCUUCUCCCCUGGAUCGCCCACUGAGCAGAGCGUCCAUGGAGGACGAUGAACAGUGCGAAGAUAUGAGAUGGUUGAUGAAGAGAAGACCUUAAAAUGUCACUGAAAAAAGAGAAUGCAAGUCUGGGGGUUUGUAGAGUUUGGCUGCUGCUAUUGAGUUGUUGAUAGUGCUUAUAUUCUUCAGAACUUUCAGAUUGUGCCUCACCAAGGUCGAAGAGGGCCUUCUGAUAAUGGUUCAGAUAGAGUGAUGGAUGAUUGGUUUCGUUCAUCAGGAAGAACCCUAGUGAGUGACACUGGGUGAUGUGCUCCGACAACCUGUAAAUUUUGUAGAUUAACAGCCAUUGUAUCUAGAGGCAUCUUUAGCUAGCAGGUGCUUCCUAGUUGCCCACCGGCAUGUAAAAUGAAGUUCUCCUAAAUAGGUUUGUGUGUAAAAUGAUUUUUCUUGGUUGAUAUAAUGGUGCCAGAACUUCCAAUAAUCCAAUGUAUAGUCAAUUUACCGUGGUGUUCAUUUCUGGUACAAAAUAAUAUGCCAGUUGUUUUGCUCUGAAGCUGUUACUGUAGAAAACAAUUUACCUGCUGUUUUUAAGCUGUAAUGGUCG